AUGAGCUCAUCCCCCUUCCCCACAGAAUCUACACUAGGCACUUAUAUAGUGCCUUGGAUUGUCCUAGGAGCGAUCGCAACGAUUAUGGUCGGCUUCGAAAUAUGGCUGCUCGUCCGCAUACGACGGCUUCGCCUUGAGCGACAGGGUGAACGCGAUCGCAAACGCAACCACCCUCAGCAUUUCCGCCCACUGAGCAUGCCGAUAACGAUACAAACCCCGAAAGGUGAUGAGGAGUACCAGGCGUACCUCAGAAAUCUCGAAACGCCGCAGGGCUUGAUGAAGUGGAUGACGUCUGAGAAGAAGAAACAGUAA